CCAGCCCAGGCACUCGAGCCCACAUCAUAGUAAUCCACAUUCAUUCCUCUUGUUCACAUUCAAACCUUUCCAAAUAUGUCAACCCAUCAACGCAACAUUGCAUCACGACAAGUCCGACCUCCCCCGAGAAAAAACGGUACUAAUGCUUCAUACACGAGCAAUCCACUCCCCAACUACAGGGAGCCAUCUCAACAAAAAAACAAAAAUCCUUUCCAGUAUGCUCAUGAUCCUCAACCUAGUGCCGAUGAAUUCAACCGCGCACAAGUUAAUCCAUGGUCUCAAACAUCAGCACUCUCACCACCAUCUCCACAGCUGAGUAUAAUUUCGAUGGAUGGCCGAAAGCCUAUGCAUGAGACACCUAACCAUGCGAAGGAUAUGUAUUAUACUAAAUUCCAGCCAGCACCUAGAAAGCCAUCGGGGCUAGGAUGGUCUGUAUGCCAGGGAGCUGUUCCUUCAAAUAAUACCGCGAUUAAGAAUGUAAAGGAUAUUCCAGAUCCUCGGGAGAAGAAUGAGGUAAGCAUAACCAUUAAUUUUCUUAAAUGACUAGGGGAAAUACUAACCUCUGUUGAUAGAAACAUAACAAAGAUGGCGGUUGUGGUUGUUCGAUACAGUAAGCUUUUUGGUGUG